AUGGUUGCAACAAUCAAGAAGUAUAAGGCUGCGGCCGUCAACGCCGAGCCAGGCUGGCUCGAUCUCGAAUCCGCUGUUGAGAAGACCAUUCACUGGAUCAACGAGGCUGGCAAGGCUGGAUGCAAGUUGAUUGCAUUCCCAGAACUUUGUACGCUGUCACCAGUCUCGUGUUCUGUGUACCUUUUGCUAACAGCUUCUAGGGAUUCCGGGCUAUCCAUGGUGGAUGUGGCGCGUCAACUAUCAAGAAAGCCUCCCGCUUCUGAAGAAGUACCGCGAGAACAGCUUGCCAUCGGAUUCUCCGGAGAUGCAUCGCAUUCGCAAGGCUGCCAAGGACAACAACAUCUUCGUGUCCCUUGGAUACUCCGAAGUCGAUCUGAACAGUCUUUACACUUCGCAGGUGCUGAUUGACUCCACUGGUACUGUCAUCAACCACAGGCGCAAGAUCCGGGCAACGCACGUUGAGCGACUUAUCUUUGGUGAUGGUACUGGCGAUACCACCUCGAUGGUCGUCGACACUGAGAUUGGCCGCAUUGGUCAGCUGAACUGCUGGGAGAACAUGAAUCCGUUCCUGAAAGCAUAUGCUGUCUCUCUCGGGGAGCAGGUUCAUGUUGCUGCAUGGUUAGUGAAAUACAACAGAGUGUUACUCUUUUGUGUCAUCUGACGUGUUACGCAGGCCUCUAUACCCACACGCCACCACUCUCAAGUACCCGGAUCCAUACACCAACAUCAGCGACGCCGCCUCCGAUAUCGUCACCCCGGCUUAUGCCAUCGAAAGCGGCUCCUUCACACUCGCUCCUUUUCAGACCAUCUCCGCCAAGGGCGUCGACCUCCAGACACCACCAGGCACAGAGCGCGCGGAUCACCACAUUUUCAAUGGAAACACCCGCAUCUACGGCCCCGACGGACAGUCGUUGAUCGAGCGCCCAAGCGAGGACUUUGAAGGUCUGGUAUUUGUGGAUAUAGAUCUCGAUGAGACGCAUCUGAGCAAGGCGCUGAAUGAUUUCGGUGGCCACUACAUGAGACCGGAUCUGAUCAGAUUGGUUGUAGACGUGGAUCGCAAGACGAAUGUCAGCAAGGUUUCCGGUGCUGGAGUGCCGGAGUUGGUGUCCACUGUCGAGCGCGUUGGGUUGAACAAGCCACUAAAGGAUGAGAAGGAAGAGGACGCGAGGAAGGCGCCAGUCGCCGAGGAGUAA